GUAGGUUAAACCGUAGUACGUAUUUUUGUUCCUGUGUCAACGUAUAGAAGAAGAAAAGAAAAACAAUAACGUCCGAGGCAGGCUUAAGUUUUUAUCAGAGACAUUUAUUAUUAAAAAAUAAUAGAAAAGUUUCUUUAUAUCUGACACACGCCAUACAUUCGUCGUCCUUCUCGAAGAUGAACUCUAAUGUAGAGAAUUUGCCCCCCCACGUUCUGCGGCUGGUCUAUAAAGAAGUUUCCGCUUUGGCUGCAGACCCCCCAGAGGGCAUCAAGAUCUAUCCCAGUGAAGAAGACAUAACUGAACUUCACACGUCUAUUGAAGGACCAGAGGGAACACCAUUUGCCGGCGGCAUUUUCCGAAUGCGACUGGUCCUCGGGAAGGACUUCCCUGCUGUUCCACCCAAGGGGUAUUUCCUGACCAAGAUUUUUCACCCAAACGUGGGUCACAAGGGAGAGAUCUGUGUCAAUGUGCUGAAGAGGGACUGGAAGGCAGAGCUUGGCCUCCGACACGUCUUACUUACCAUCAAGUGUCUUCUCAUCCAUCCAAACCCUGAGUCUGCGCUAAACGAAGAGGCUGGCCGCCUGCUUUUAGAGGAUUAUGCCGAGUACGAGUCCCGCGCCCGUCUCCUCACAGAAAUCCAUGCGAUGGGUGGGCCGGGCGGGACCUCCGGGGCUCCUCAGGACCCUAACGACGGCCCUCAGCCAAAGAAGCACGCAGGUGACCCUAUGAAGAGAUCGGAGCCCAGCGUGGCAGCAGUACCAGCAGCUCUGGGUAAUGGAGCUAAUGGAGCCAGUACCACCAGCAGCAAUAGCAACGGUAGUAGUAACACCAAUAAUGUAGGAGGGAAAAAGAAAGCAGAUAAAAAGCGAGCUCUGAGGCGACUUUAAUACCUCUGCAAAAUUUCUGUACGUAUGAAUGCGAGCGUGAGUGUAAAUAUAAAUAUUGAAUUGUGUUGACCGAAUUUUUUGUUGUUUUCUGUUUUUUUCCUGACUCUUACUAGACUUUCCCUAUUGUACCUCUGUUUUGCCUCCAGUUCGUUUUAUCCUAUUGGC